CAGUUCCUCUCGCGCAAAUCUUCCAGCAUGCUUUUUUCUUUUCUUCUUUUUUAAACAAAUAUAUUGAGAUAAAGAUUUAAAAAACAUUUGAACGGUAAAACAGACAAUAACCCUAAAUACGGAUGAAACGAAUUACUUUGAACGGAGCGGGAUUGCUGUCGAUCCUGCGCAAGCUGAAGAGCACACCAGACCAGGAGGUUCGGAUCCUUUUACUCGGUCUGGAUAACGGUGGGAAGACGACAUUGCUUAAACAGCUAGCAUCUGAGGACAUCAGUCAUAUCACCCCUACACAGGGAUUCAACAUAAAAAGUGUCCAGUCUCAGGGUUUUAAACUGAAUGUGUGGGAUAUUGGAGGUCAGAGGAAAAUCAGACCCUACUGGAGAAACUACUUUGAGAAUACUGAUGUACUGAUUUAUGUCAUUGACAGUGCUGACAGAAAGAGAUUUGAGGAAACAGGACAGGAGCUGGCUGAGUUGUUGGAUGAGGAGAAGUUGAGUGGUGUUCCUGUGCUGAUCUUUGCCAAUAAGCAAGACCUUCUGACAGCCGCCCCAGCCUCUGAGAUUGCUGAGGGUCUCAACUUACACACUAUCCGUGACCGUGUGUGGCAGAUCCAGUCCUGCUCUGCCCUCACUGGUGAGGGGAUUCAGGAAGGCAUGAAUUGGGUCUGCAAGAGUGUCAACGCAAAGAAAAAAUAGCUUCUCUUCUAGUCUUCUACUAAGGAGGAGUGACAGCAACACACACACACAUACACACACACACACACAUAUUCUUCUUACCUAAGUGAGAUGGGAUACAUUUGUGAUUGUACACACAGUACUUACCCAAUAUGGAUUUGAAGAGAGUUUUUAUCCUCCUGCAUUUCUCAUAUCACUAAUGUUUACUAAUCUCUACACAUCCCCAUCUUUGCUUCGGAAAGGGGAAAAGGAGUCUGCCCUUUAAGAGACACCAGGCAUGGAGAACAUGCCCUCCUCUUGCUGGUUUGGUUGAGCAACUUCCAAGCAUCUCAUGUUUUUGAUGAGAUAUUGAUUCCAAAGGCUGUGACUUGAUUCUAAAAUAUUUCUGGAUGCAUCUCAAUAUCAAUUUUUGAUAUAGUUUUUUUUCCAUCUUUGAACUGCUAACUGGUUUGAUGAAUAUAUGGCCUGAUUCAUAAAUAAUGUAAUCUAAUAAUGACAUAAGAUUCUAUUGCUAUGGAGGUUCAUGUGUCACAUGUGAGUAACCAGCUGUCAACUGUCCUAAGUGAUUUUUUUUUACCUGAGCCUAAAUCUUGUUACAGAGUGAGCAUCACUGUAUUGGUGAAGUAAUGGCCAAAGAUGCAGUGUUGCGUCUUGGGUCGGUAGCAUGGCCACAGAUCUUCAGCCAUGAAAAUUGCAAUAGACUUUUUAAUUCAUUUUGCCCAUCCAAAAGGAGUGGAUAUUUUGAGAAUUGAUCAAGUAGGAAAGCAACAGGUUAUUUUUCCAGCUGAAACUGCAGAUGAAACCAUGUAUUGUGAUAUCACCUGUUCAUAUCGUUUCCAAAAUACUUGAGCUUUGGAUCACACCGUUUGCUUUGUAUUUGCUGUGGCUGUUAUGAAGCUUUCUGUUCCCUUUAAUCUCAUGGAAACCAGAAUGUGUCCACACGUUCGCUUUGAGAGGAGAGGAAGCUGACCAAAUUUUUGACUGACCUGUGUAACCAUGCCUGUGAAAGGAGCUUGGAAGGGUACAGACAUAAACACCACGCACAUUUCUCCCUGUUUAUCCCUCCAUGUUAUACCAUCCAAGUGGUCUAAAUACACAUUAACUAGGCCUGUAUAAGACAAAGUUGCUAAUUAUUUGCCAAAAACAACAUAAUUUGUAAUAAGAUGUCAUACUUAAUAGUACAUCGUACUCCAUGGUGGAAUUUAAAAUUUGGAUGUUUGAGAUAAAGCGCUGUAUAAAUGUAAUCCAUUAUUAUUAUUGUCGUUUGUAAAUUGGUGCAGAAUCGGUAAUGGCGCAUGAUGCAUCUUAAUGAAGUUUUGCAUCCAACCCUGCCUUACUGGCCCAAUCCCAGCCAUAACAGCUCUGCAGCAGACCAGUGGAACCUCAGACAUUCCAAUAACUGUUGUCCUUCGAUGCAACAGCAACUUGCUUUGUUAGAUAUUGUACACAUCGUCCUGGAAAACCAGCUCUUUUCACUGUUCAUUCCCCUCCCGUUUCUAUCUCUCCACUUCUCUCAUUCUUACAGGUUGUUGUGUUUUGUUAUUUUUAUUUUUUAUCAUGACAGCUAUACAUGCUUUUUGAUGCUACAGCUCUGUUUGCAGUGAGGUCUAUUUUUGUAAGUGUUAAUUUAUGAUGAAGUAGAAUGCUUACAAACCCAUGUCAUUUCUAGGACAUGGGAUGAAUAUUGUCUGCAGAGCUUAAUCCCCCCCCCCCCCUGUAAACAGAUGAUACAUGUUAAUAUGUAUAAAGAAAGAACAUUGAAAAUUAAAUGGUUAGGAGACACUACAUUAUAUGAUGGUUGCUUGUAAAUAUUAUGGCCCUGCAUUCAUAUGUUAAGUAAUGCACAUGUUAUAGAGUAUCUGUUACCCGACUGUACCCUGUAGUCUAUAAUGUUUGCAUGUCUAAUAUGUGCUGGCAGAUUUUUAACAGAGGUCUUAUGUUACACUGCAUUUCUUUGUGCGUCUUUCGGUGACCAAGGGAAUUCAUUCUUAGGCAUUUCCUUUUGAUAUUCUUGAAUGUAUUCAGUGCAAGGAUUGAAGGUACACGAAUAAAAAGGUUGU